AUGGGGCGCUCACCCGAAGAUGAGGCACUCUCCUCGGAGCCACUGCUUCAGACAAACAGCCUGAACCCCGAUUUCCCGACCCUCAUCUCCCCUUCAUACCUAUCCGACGCGGACCACUGCCCCGCCGUGGGCCCCCACGGGCGGCGCCUGCUGAGGGACGAGGGCGACGAUGUGAAGCCCACCUACUUCCUGCAGGCGGCAGGCCUCUGCACUGGCGUGAGCAUCGGCGGCGGCGUGCUGCUGGCGCUGCUGUCCCUGUGGCUGUUCAAGCGCUCGUCCGUCGGGAUGGUGCACUUCGCGGUCGGGUUGCAGGUCGCCAUCCCCGCCGGCAUCGCCGUCGCCGCCUUCCUCUCCGGCGCCCCCGCCGCCGGCGUGCCGUUUGCUCUGCUGGCGGCCGCGCUGGCGUUCACUGUGUGGUUGUACCGGUCGCAGCUGGUGCUGGUGGCGCGGCUGCUGUCCAUCAGCGUUCACGCGCUGGCCGACCAGCCGGGCAUCAUCGUGGCCGCGCUGCUCCUGCAGCUCCUCGGCGUGCUGGUGCUGGUGCCCCUGGGCGGCAUGAUGCUGCUCGCCUUCACCAACGGCCACGUCAUCCCCAACCCCUCUCGCGCCAGCAUCGACGCCGGGCAGUGCCUGGGGGCGGACGGGCACGAGGUGGUCUGCUGCACGUGGCAGGUUGACUCGUGGGUUCCUGGGUACCUGGCUUACGCUGCCCUCGUCACCACGUGGACCACCCUGCUGGUGUUCACCGUGAAGCUCUACACCAUCGCCGGCGCCACCGCUCAGUGGUACUUCGCCCCUGUGGCGGCGGGCGCCCCCAAGCGCGCGACGCUGCGCAGCGCGCGCCACGCCCUGGGGGCGUCUUUCGGCAGCCUGGCGCUGGCCAGCUGGCUGCUGACGCUCAUCCAGUACGCGCGCGCGGCGCUGGACAAGAUACGCCAGGACAACGAGGGCAACUUCUGCGCGCUGCUGCUGACGUCAUGCCUCGACUUCAUCUACGCACUCUUCGAGGCGGUGACCAAGUUUGGUGUGGUGCGCGCCGCCAUCACGGGGGAGGCCUUCAUGGACGCCUGCCACGGCAUCGUCAACCUGCUCUCACGCAACGCCCUGGACACGGUCGGCGUGUGGUUCCUGCCGGGCUUCAUCCUGCAGAGCUCCGCGGCCAUGAUGGCCGUGGCCUGGGGCAUCCUGUCAUUCGCGGCGUCGUCGGCCUACUGGGGUGGCGGCCAGGCGGCCGUCGCCAGCGGGGCGGUGGUGGGCGCGCUGUCGGGCGUGUGCGCCCUGGUGACGCUCGCCUUCCUCAACGGCGUGCUGCUGAACAUGGUGGAGGCAACCUACGUCGCCUGGGCCAUGGACCGCGACGCCUCGGCCGUCACCCGCUCCGACGUCCACGCCGUGUUUGACCGCCCCGACGCGCCCUGGCACAAGGCCCCCGGGGCCAUCGUGGAGCAGCCGGACGCGGCCUACGCGUACGCCGCAGAGACCGGGGCCGCCGCGGGCCCGCCGGCGGCGCCGCGCCCGUACCCGUCCCCGAGCGUCCACCGCGGCUGA